AUGGAUCAAAGCAGUGAAGAAUAUACAAAAGAGAUCAACAGUGUGAAUAUUGACAGACUUAUAAAGGAUUUCUCACAAAUAGAAAAGGAACAUAAGAAUAAUAUUGCUGAACUUGUACAUGACAUGAAAAUCAAAAAGGAAGAACAUAAGAUACAAAUAAGCAAAUUUUAUCAAGAUAUGCAGAAAAAACUGGAUUAAAUGUGAAAGCACAAAGAUCUAAUAAAGAAAAGGGAGCCGGAAAUUUCAGAGUUAAACACAAAGUUAAUAACUCAAGAAAAAGAAAAGCAAAAUGAAAUAAUCAAACUACAGAUGGAAUUUGAUGCCAAACUAGCAAGAGUUCGGACUAAAUCAAAAUCACAUCCAGAUGCUACUAUUUCCCCACAGAGCAUCUACAGAAGGAAGCUUCAACAUCUUCACGAAGAAAAAAGCAAAGAGACUGCAGUUCUUCGUAGUACCAUUCAUGAUUUGGAGCACCUUUCUAUUGGCAAAGAUUCUCAUCUUAAGGGUAGACGAUUUUGA